AUGUGGUUCCUCAAAGUAACAACGUUAUUUUUGCUGAGUUUGGGUUGUCUUAGUAAUACUUUAAAAGCAGAUUUAUUUGAACUUUCUGUAGUGCACCUUAAUGAUUUCCAUGCGAGAUUUGAAGAGAUAAGUAGUGCAUCUGGAACGUGCAAAGAUACAUCUUGCAUCGGUGGAUUUCCAAGACUGGUCACUCAAAUCCAGGAACUAUUAGAUACGCAACCCAAGUCCCUCUUACUGAAUGGCGGCGAUAACUUUCAAGGCACCCUGUAUUACACCUUGGGCAAAUGGAACAUAACUCAAGAGUUUCUGAACAAAUUACCGUUUGAUGCUAUCGUUCUAGGUAAUCACGAAUUUGAUGAUGGUAUCUCUGGUGUGGUACCUUUCAUUACAAGUUUAAAAGCACCCGUGGUGUGCUCCAACAUUGACGACAGUAAGGAACCUACUAUUCAAGGUACUUACACAAAAAGUACUAUUGUAGAAAGAGACGGAAAGAAGAUAGGAAUAAUUGGUGUUCUCUAUGCAAAACCACCUAAUGGAAAUUCUACAAUUUUAUCCAGAACUGCAAGUGUAAACGAGGAAGCUGAAAGGCUAGUUAAAGAAGAAGGAGCAAUACGUAACUGA